UCAAUGCGGAAGCCGCUUACACGGUGUUGCCGUUUCUUAAAGCUAACUGUCAUUAGUAUUUUUAUUUCUUAGUAACUGCGGUCAUAAAUAUAUUUCAUAAAGUCAGUUAUGAUGUAUGCUGACCUUCGACUUUAUAAAUAAUGUUUGACACAUGCUCUCAUGUGAAACAGAACAUUAUGAAAACAUUUCUGUCUUGUAUAUUUAGGUAAACAAUGUAGGAAGCACCGCUAGCUUAGCAGCUCGUCUCUCUAACAUCUCUGUUUUAAACUAACAAAAUGAAAGUGCGCUCGUCUGUGCUCGCCUCAUUUAUUUUGAUUUUUGAAGUGAUUGGCGUUGCCCUCUUCCUCCGGGGCUUCUUUCCCGUACCUGUCAAGUCUUCUCUCUCCUCCAAGAGCAAACUGUCCGACCUGCCAGCGGAGCCGGUGACAGGGAGGGCUCCCAAUGGCUCUCGGCUCCCCCAGCCCCUGUUUAAAAGGGUGGUCAUCAUGUUAGUGGACGCCCUGAGGGAGGACUUCGUGUUCGGACCCAGUGGUCGCAUAUUUAUGCCUUACACCAGACAUGUGGUGGAGAGAGGCUCCUCACACAGCUUUGUGGCCAAAGCCAGACCUCCAACUGUCACCAUGCCCAGAAUAAAGGCUCUUACCACUGGCAGUAUCCCAGGCUUCAUUGAUGUGGUAAUGAACCUAAAUUCUCCUGCACUGCUGGAAGACAACCUCAUUUGGCAGGCCAAGACGGCAGGCAAGAGGAUCGUCUUCUACGGAGAUGACACCUGGGUGCGGCUGUUCCCCAAACACUUCAUGGAGUACGACGGCACCACUUCCUUCUUCGUAUCCGAUUACACCGAGGUUGACAACAACGUGACCCGUCACCUCGACAGCACCUUGAAGCGGGACGACUGGGACAUCUUAAUCCUUCACUACUUAGGCCUGGACCACAUCGGUCACAUCAGUGGGCCACACAGUUCCCUGAUCCAGCCCAAACUGUUGGAGAUGGAUGACAUAUUGAAGAAAAUCCACGGCGCUCUUAUUUCCAAGGAGGCUGAAGGAUCCUUGCCCUACCUGCUGGUGUUGUGUGGAGACCACGGCAUGUCAGAGACCGGCAGCCACGGAGGAUCCUCAGAGCCCGAAGUCAAUACGCCCCUAGUGCUGAUCAGUCCAGCCUUCAGGAGGAAAGUGGGAAUGAUGAAGCCUGGAGUGGUGGAGCAGGUUGACCUGACUGCGACCCUGGCCCUGGGGCUCGGCCUGCCCAUAUCUCAGAACAACGUGGGUCAUGUCAUCCCCGAUGUCUUGGAGGAAACCACUCUCCGGGACCAGCUGCGUUUCCUGCAUCUCAAUGGCCACCAGCUCAGCUGCCUGCUCAAAGACAGCAUGGCCAACUACGAGAAAGAUGCAGGCUUUGAACAGUUUCGUGUGGCAGAAAAGGCUCAUGGGAACUGGAUGAAGCUCUACCUGGAGGGGAACACCUCAGAGGUCCUGACCAACAUGGGCAAAAAGGUCUUGAAGCAGUACCUGGAGGCCCUGGCUGCGAUGAGCUCAGCCCUGAGCAAACAGCUGGGCAAGUACGACAUGUACUCCAUGGUGGCAGGCAUGAUGUUUGUGUUUCAGCUGCUGCUGGUCUUACUGCUAGCGAUGCCUGAAGCCCUGAGCGGAGCAGCAGCGGUGGACCUGCCAGUCCUCCCAGCCCUGGCCUCGCUGCCUUUCUACCUCCUGUGCCUGCUGCUCGCCUCAGUGCGUGUCCUGGUGUGCACAUCUGCUCAGAGCUCCUGUUACUUGUGCAGCCUCCCCGGGGGUCUUACGUUUGCUGCCAUUGCCUUCUCCUCUGCACUGUUUUGUAUUAUCAUCUCUAUGGCAACAAGACGCCUCCCAUUGGGACCAAAACUUCACGGGAAGUCUCCGCUGAAGAGCAGCAGCAGUGAGUGGUCACUGUCAGAGCUGGACGUUCUGCUGCUUGCUGGCACCAUUGGUCACACCCUCAGCUUGGCCUCCAGUAGCUUCGUAGAGGAAGAGCACCAAAUUUGGUACUUUCUGCUCAACACCCUCUGCCUCGCAGUUUUCCAGGAUGUCUGCCGCAAGUACUUCAGAGAGCAGAGGAGGUCUGGGGAUGAUGACGAGCCCAUCCUCCCUUCCAAAGCCUCUCAUCCCUCUGCCCACCCCAAGGCAGAGAUUUGUUCUGAGAAAUGGCUAGCAUUAGCCACACCUCCCUUCACUUUGGUGUGUUGCCGCCUGCUACGCUCCCUCAACCAGACAGGUGUGCAGUGGGCUCAUCUUCCUGAUGUAGGACACUGGCUGAACAGCUCUGAACACAAGACGGUCCUGUCUCUGCUGGCUGCUUUCUGUCUCGUUCUCAUCUACGUCCUGGUCCAAAGACGGUGCUCAUGGGUGUCCAAGAUCGCCCUGGCCCUUGGACUUUUGGGUGUCUAUAGCUACCGGGCGGCUGUCGGGAACGUCUUGUUCCCUUGGCAACACUCCGGACAGAACAUGUCCAAAGGCACAGUGGAGGCGCGCUUUGUAUACGUUUUCGUUCUGGGAAUCCUCUUCACGGGAACCAAGGACCUGCUGCGAUCCCAGAUCAUCACAGCAGAUGCAAAGUUGAAGAGCAGGGGAUUAUGGGAGAUCUACAGCGGCUUGGUGUUGCUGGUUUCCCUGUUGUUUCGAGCUCACAACCUGCCGGUUCUGUGCGGCUGCCUGUUGAUCCAGACGCUCAUGGCUCAGUUCAUCUGGAAAAAACUCCACUACGAUGCUGCGCAGACCACCAUCAUGCACUACUGGUUCGGUCAGGCCUUCUUUUACUUUCAGGGCAACUCCAACAACAUCGCCACUAUUGACAUUUCGGUGGGCUUCAUCGGGCUGGAGAGUUACAUCGAAGCCCCUGCCAUCUUUCUCACAGCGCUCAGCACUUAUGCCGGGCCCCUGCUCUGGGCCUGUCACCUGGUCUGCUACCUCAGCUCCGACACAGACAGGAGCCCCGUCGCGGUGGGCCACGGCUGCUACUGUUUGGCCCUGCUGAGGUCGGUGCCAGCUGCAGCCUACAUCGUGCUGGUGACUGUUCUGCGCUACCACCUCUUCAUAUGGAGCGUCUUUUCACCCAAAUUACUCUACGAGUCCAUGCACCUGCUGCUGACGGCGGGAGUCUGUCUGUUCUUUAAUACCAUGGAGCAAAGCCACAGUUCAAGCUAAUCUGAGGAAGACCAGAGUUAAAAGGUUAGAUACUUGACACUGUAAGAAAAGUGUGGAGCUGAUUUAGGAUCAUAAGUUUUGUAUAUGAAAAUAUAAAAUUUGAAACUGAAAAUUUAAGUUUUGAUCUUGAAGUUUGAAAAAUACAACAAUGUAUUCAAAUUAAAAAUAAGUGUAUGAAAAGUUUUUUUCAGGUUAAAUAUAUUUUUGAUUCCCUUCGGUAAUUAUUUUGAAUAAAUUUUUUAUUUUCAUUUUUCACUGUCAUAUAUAUUUUAAUAUUUGAGGUUUUAUUAUUUUUUUUAGUUGCAUGUUUUAUCGUUUCAGGUUCAGCUCUUAUUUUUUACGGUUUUAAAUCUUAUUCCACCAUCAGGGCCAAAAGUUGAACAAGCGAAAAAAAAGAGAUUUGAAAACGAAAAAAAA